UUAAUCACGUCCAAUUACAUUCGUACCAAUAUUUUCAUACUAAUCUAAUUUUCCCCAGCAAUUAACACCAAUUUCCAUUUAUUUCACUCUAAUUACAAUUACACUUUGUUUAGAACAAAAUUUUAAUUUCCAAACAAUUAAAUUGGUUAACAACAAUCAAUCAAUUGGAAUGGCAUUUUCUCUGAUUGUUAAUCAUCAAUUGUUACCUUAUAUUAGAACAAUUAACAAAUUCUAUUCAGAUGAUUGGAUUAAAUUUCGUUUUCGCUACCAAAAGGAAAAGGGUUAGAAUCGAGGACGAACCCAAAUUCUAAUGGAUUUACAUUGGGAUUAUCUGGAUUAUCUUCACAGUGAUCUAAGUGUUUCGUCGGUGAUUAAAUUGAUUAAAUUCAAUACAAAAAGAGAAAUGGAAAGUUCAUCGACUGAUUUUCUUUCCUUCCAAUUGAAAUUCAGUUUUCAUCUUAUUAGAUUUUCACCAUUGAGACAAAUUCGUAAAGGUUUUUUUUCUUGUUCUUUUUCUCUGCCUCUUUCUACUUGUACUACUCUUUUUUUUCUGUUCUGUUUUUCUUUUUUUUCUUCUUCUCUUCUCUCUCUCUCAUCUUCUUCUCAUAUUUGAUGAUCGAUCUGGAUUGGUGAGAGAUAACAUUGUCCUCCCCUCUCCACCUAUUUUUUUCCCCACUGGAUUGUGUUCCAUUGUUAGAUGGAUUCGUCGGUUGACGAAGAAGAGGUAAUCACAUCAUCAUCAACACCAACAUCGGAUAGCCAUCGUGAGAGGGAUGGUCCAAAUGAAAGUAUAAUCACAUCCCUUAAAAGCCUUGAUAGAAUUUCUUCUAAUAUAACAACAUUAGUUGGAUCACCAACAACAACAAUAACUGGAGGUUUAUCUUCGUCAUCAUCAAUAAUAUCAUCUUCUUCUUGUUCUUCUACACUUAUUUCAACUCCAACAUCAUCCUCUUCUUCUUCAUCAUCUUCUUCAAUAUCUUCGCUAUCAUCAACAACCAUUGCAUCAGUCCAAGGAACAGGAUCUAUUGGAUCCAAUGCUAAUAGUUUACCUGUGCGAGCUGCAAAUGGAAUUGUGUUCACCUCGGUUCCAUCUCCAACAUCUACUGGAAUUAAACACAAUCAUAAUCCAGUGUCACAAACUAUAGCUGUACCUCAACCUGGUGGAGCCGUUUCAAUUGUUCAAUUACAACUUCCUAAUCAAACUAAUGUAGUACAAUCUGUCAUCCAACCUGUCAAUCAACAAUCUGUCAUACAAGCAACCGGUGGGGCAGCAUCAGCCGCCGCCGCAGCAGCAGCAGCAGCCGCAGCAUCAUCAUCUUCAUCAACAGCAGCAUCAGUGCAAACAGUUUCUAUUCCUAAGAACAUUAUAUUUUUAAACAAAGGGGGUCAAGGCUCCGUGAUACAAAGUACAGAGGCUAAUGAAAUGAAUUCAAUUCAACCAUUACAUUUAAUCUCCAGUUCACGAGGUGAUCAUGGGGAAACAAUGAUUCCAUCACAACAACCACCACCUCAAACACCUUCACCCAUUUUAGAUGAAGAAGCCAAGGCGAGACGUGAAGGGCUUACAAGGCGACCAUCUUAUCGUAAAAUUUUUAAUGAUCUUUCAGCAACCAAUGUUGGAUCAUCAUCGUCUAUAGCUGAUAUUAAAUCGGAAGAUGAUGGUGAAUCUAGUGAAUCAAGUAAUGCAGCGACAAUCGCUGUAGCCAGUCCAUACCUUAAAGUUGUACCAACAUCGACAAUUCAACUUGCCUCCGCUUCCCAAGAUGGAACCAUCCAAGGGUUACAAACGUUAACAAUGACAAACGCAGCGAGUGGAGGAAUCGUUCAGUACGCUACUCAAGGACAGGAUGGACAGUUUUUUGUUCCCGUAACUGUAUCAACAGCUGACUUACAAGCAUAUCAUUUACGGACAGGAGCAGGAGGUCCAACUGGAUUACCUCAGGGUGUAGUUAUGACAACUCCGACCACAAUUACAUCACCUCAUGGUCAGAAUCCUGAUGAAACAACCAAAAAACGUGAACUACGCUUAUUAAAAAAUAGGGAAGCUGCAAAAGAGUGUCGAAGGAAAAAGAAAGAGUAUAUUAAGUGCCUUGAGCAGCGAGUUACCGUGCUAGAGACACAGAAUAAAGCUUUAAUUGAAGAAUUAAAGUCUUUGAAAGAGCUCUAUUGUCAGAAGGAGUGAUUAACGUGACUUUUUUUUGUUUAAAUUAUGUUGAUUAUUUAUAAAACGAAUCAUAUUGGCCAAAUACAUAUUAUAUAUAUACAAAGCGAGCACAGUUUGAAACAAAUAACAAACUUAUAUAACUAUAAUACCACGUAAAUAUAUACAUAUAUAUAUUUAAAAUCAAUAUCAACAAAAUGGUCCCGGAAAUGAACUACCACAAUCCAUAUCUUCAAUUAUAAAUAAUAUAUUAUAAUAUAUUUUGUCUCUGUGACUCUCCUGUUAAAAAGAUGUGACUAUGUGUAUAGUACAUGGACGUUUAUGGAACACCUUUUUGUUUAUCAAUCACAAUCACAAUUCUAGCUGAUAAUGAAUGAUGAAUUACUCUGUGAAUGACCUUGGAAAUCAUUAAUUGUUGCGAUAAUCAUUAAUUGUGUGUGCAUUGUGUCACUAAAAAAAACAACUCUGUUAAAUUAUCAUCGUUAACAACAACAACACAAGUAGAGAAACUAAAAAGAGGCAAUGGCAAAUUUCAACGAGAAAAAAUUUAUCCUGGUGUACAAAAAAAAAGUGUCCCGAUUGAACGUAACGAGAUUAAUACUGGUGAAUCCAUGUGGAUUAACAAAAGAGCUCAAGCAAAAAAAAACGACAAUCAAGUGUCAAAUUUUUGCCGAAUCGCAACAAUCGGAUAAUCAUCAUCAUUACCAUACGUCCAAAAUUAAUAACAUCAUAAUGAAAGAGAAAACGUCUAGAGAAACAGAAUCGAAAACGACUAAUGACUGUAAAGACUAGAGGAGGAAACAUUUAGAAAAAUACUCUAGUCUUAAUCAACUCGAAUCUAAAACUAAUCAUGAAGGUUAGAGAUACAAUGGAAUUGCUGAAUUUCCCGCAAGAUGUUUGGUGUUUUUUUCUUCGUUAAUCCAUUCGAAUGACAACCAAAUGGAUCACCUUAUAAAACGAAUUAUAUAUGAUCAGCAUGCUAGAAGAAAAUCUAUAUACAUAAUUUAUAUUUUUUCUCUUAAUUUAAGUUUGUCCAGUUUUUUCUUGACCUCUAAUUAUUAUGAAACAAUUUACAGAUCAUGUUUAAUCCUUUUUUUGCUAAAUCAACAACCAACUAAAUUUAACAAUGGUCUUAAAAAGUGACUGACACUAUGUAGUCAAAACAUUUCUGUGUAUUAUAUGUAAAUAAUUUAUCUCAAUUCAAUGAAACUGAACUACAACAACAACAACAACAAACAACAACAAUAAUAACAAAAUCAAAAUAUCGACUUAUAUUCAAGAUAUUUAAAGUGCAAACAAUUAA